CCUCGCCUCGCCUCACCUCAUGCACAGGUGACACCCGACGGGCCUCAACACCACACCCGCACCACCCACUGCCGGUGACCCGUUUUCUUCGCCUGCAACACGCCGCCUCGACUCCACGGCUGUCCUUUCCGCAGCGUCGCGGCCGAGCCUCUAGACCAAUUGGUCGGUUUGCAGAUUUUUUUCCCUCUUCCAAGCCGAAUUCCAGUCCUUCCAGUUUCCUUUCCCGCUGCUACUACGACGCAUAUUCUCUCUCCGCUUAAUUCGUCCGCCGUAGGCUGCUUCGUCCCCAGCCUGUCCUCACCUCACCUUACCGCCUUUGCUGCGACACGCGCCGCUCGACGGCCCCGGCCAGACAUUGACUUACAUUGGCGGCCCUCUCCUUUGUCACAUUUUGCACCCGACAAUCGCGUCUUCGAGGGUGCUCUGGAGUUGCUUUGUUUCUUUUGACCCCCCGUAUUCCUUUUUCUCGUCCUUUGCGGCCUCGUCUUGGAGCCCCCGCUCCCGCGGUGCUACUCGCCCACCACCCGCACUCUCGCCUCCUGCUCGCCAGGUUCCUCAAAUGAUCCCGCGGCAUUCCUCGCCUUCUCCGUCAACGGCUCUGAGGCACCGCUGAGCGAGUCAAUGGCGACAUCAUGGCCGCUACGCCAUCCAACAACCGCCUGAAGCUCACACCGUCCAAUUCUCCCUUUCUUCCUCGACCGGUCAGGACUCCUGCCCGUGGCCGGACCACGCAAGAGUCCCGCCUGUCCCUAAAGAGAGUCGUCGGCACCACGUGUCGCUCUCCGACCGGCUUCGACACCGUCGACUCCUCCUUUGCCUACAUCGCCGGUGGCGCCGUAGUGGUGGUGGACGUCGACGGCCAGCAGUAUUCGCAGCGCUUCUACCGAGCCCGCCCGGCCGCGGUGCCCGUAUACUCCGUCACCACAGCCCCGAAUGCGCCUUGUACGCCUACGGCAACGACGCCCAAGGCCAACGACAGCCGCAACCGUGUGGCGCCCAGCUUCCGCGACUCUCAGUGCAGCCCAGGGGACUGGGGAGACUCGCCCGGAUUGAAGACGUGGACCAGCAGGGAGCGGAUCAAGGCGGCUACAUGUCUGGCCCUGAGUCGGGACGGCAAGUACUUGGCCGUCGGCGAGACGGGUUAUGGCCCGCGGGUCUUGAUUUUUAGCCUUCAGGACGCUUCAUCCGAUAUCCCUCUGGUGUCCAUUAGCGAACAUGCCUUUGGUGUAAGAGCCGUGGCAUGGUCCGCAGACUCCAAGUAUCUUGCCUCCCUCGGCGCGGCCAACGACGGAUUCCUCUACGUUUGGAAGAUUGAUCCUCGGACCGGCGCCGCGCGGCUCUUCCAGCAAAAUCGGUGCACGUCCUACGUCAGGGACAUGGUAUGGAUGGACAAUACCCUCAUCACCCUUGGCGUCCGCCACGUCAAGGUCUGGAGAAUCGAGGGCGGCCAGAGUACCUCGCCUUCAAAGUCCAGAUUUGCAAACGACUCGACGUCCACCCCACCCACGGCGCAAAAGCCUCUGCCCGGGCGCAACAUGCUCCUCGGCGACCUUCUGGACGCGACCUUUAGCUGUGCCGCGGUGGAUGGGAAGAGGCUCAUUAUCUGCACGGAAGCAGGAGACGUCUGCGUACUGGAUCACGAUGACAGGCAAAUGAAGCUCGUCAGAGUUUUGAAUCUCGGGUUUGCUAUCACGACCAUCACCAUACGCGGCGACGUGGCAUACGUCGGAGGCAAAUACGGACACUUUGCGACGCUCGACGUCCCAGGUGUCAUGGAUGGCAAUGCGGACAGCAUCCUGACGAGUACAGAGGCGUCCGCUGGCAUUUUGGCGCUGGGGUUUCUCUCGGACAAGCUAGUCACUAUCGACUCAAAGCAGUCGAUCGACGUUUGGAAUCCUGACUACCUGCCUGGUCAAGAGGCUGAGGCUGUCAUGCAUAUUCCGAUACCGGGACACGGAGAGCCGAUUGCAGGCGUACAUACGCUAGGGCGGCCCAACAAAGCCAACGCCGUUUUUGCGACGUGGUCCUCUAACGGAAACGUUACCUACUGGGACAUCGAGGGGGGGAUUCGAUCGUCGAUUGAGGUACCCCUCGAUCCUGCCGAGCCCGACUCCGAGCUUGAGCUGGUGAACCAGCUGUCAUGCGCACAAACAAACAAGGAUGGGACGCUCCUAGUGACGUCGGACCGAUUUGGCAUUCUCAAGAUCACAGAAGUCGACACAAAAGCCUGUCUGCUGGACACGAAAGCACAUGCAUCCGAAUGCAUCUGCAUCAGCAUCUUCGAGGACGACUCCAAGUUCAUCAUGGCGUCGUGCGGGCGCGACCGUACAGUGCAGCUGUUCCAUCGGCACUCGAGUGGCAGCAUCGAGCACUUUCAAACUCUUGAGUUCCACGCCAAGGUUGCGCACGUGCUGGUCCCCUCCGAAGACAAGGUGAUUACGUGCUCCCUAGACAGGACGUUGCAGAUUCACGAACUUGUCUCAAAGGAGGGAGAGCCAGACACCUUAGCGGCCAUCCCCACCAGAGCUAUUUCGCUCAAGGCGUCACCGACAUCAAUGACGCUAGGCUCCGACAAUAGAACCAUCUUUGUGUCCCUACUUGACCGGUCUAUUUGCCAGUUUGACCUGACUACCGGGCGGCAGCUCGGCUACUUCAAGUGCCUGGAUGAGAGCGGCGCUGAAUCGGCCACACUGGAGUCGCUCUCCAUCGGGCAAUGGGCGCCAAAGGAUAUGGACUACCUACUCGGCUCUUCGAAUACGGACAAGUCGGUGAGGAUUUAUGACGCCAACUCGGGCACUUUUCUUGACCGUGAAUGGGGCCACACUGAGGCCAUCAAUGGCGUCGCCUUGGUGGAUGACGAUAAUGGCACGCAGAAGAUUGUGAGCGUCGGAUCGGACGGCACGAUCAUGAUAUGGGCCAUCGAUUUAAACGAUCCUACGCCACGGUCGAUGAGUAGGGAUCCAUCGCCGGUCAAGGAAACGACGUCAGGCCGGCCUACGCUGAGGAGGAUCUUGUCCAAAGCAGAGCUCGCGGAGUUCCAGCGUCCAUCGCCUUCGGGCGGCAGGCGCUCGCCGCCACGGACACUCCAGCGCAGGUCUUCACGGGUGAACCUGGUGCCGGGCGCCACCAACGCACGAACGCCCACGGCGUCUUUCCAAAUGAGCCCUGGCAACAGCACCAUUAUGGAGGAUACGCCGUCGCGGCGCCGGCCUUCUCACGGCAACCAGGCGGAAAGCCCGCCACCCAGCCCUAAAUCGCGAGUCGCCAGGGCGCCAUCCUUGCCGUCAUUGGGCUUGAAUACGGCUCGGAAAAAGUCUUCCCCUAAUCUUCGUGGCUUCGGUUCCCUGAACAUGGCCACGGAGCAGGCCUGUCGUACGCUACGGGCGUACAGAAAAAAGCUCUCGUCUGCGGAGCCCAUCACCGCGGAUGUGCUAACGGAGCUGGACCACGAGCUCCGGCUGACUGCUGCCGCGCUCGGCGAUCGGGCGAUACGGAGCAAGGCGAUGAACGAGACGGUGUUGAGUGGGCUGCUGGACCAGUAUUCCGAGCGGCUCGUCACCCUACUCGACGAGAAGCUGCGGCUCACGAGCCAAGCAAAGGAACGGGACGACGGAGACUCCAAUUCCGGCGAAGAGCGGCGCAGAAGCUCCCCGGACACGUCGAGCACGUCGUCGCCGUGACAUUUCUUUUGAUUCCAUGCUUUAUUCUCCAGCUUUUCGACAUUGCUACAAACGCCGCCCUCUGAAGAGGGUUUGGGGCAGGGUUAACGGCGUUGAGGAUUGAUCAGCCAUCUGGAGCAGGCGGCGAGUGGACGCUUGCCGUGGAGGGAGGUGUGCGCUCAUUGAGCUAUUCUCGUGAUAUGAUACCAUGGGUCAGGAGUUACGGAUAUCGACUUAUACGUCUGGCUUAGAGUACAGGCCUCAAAUACAGCCCGUUCAGAGGGUCGGUACUCAUUGAUGAAACUGAAACUAUG